AUGGAAAACGAAAAUAAAGAGAGAAUGAUGGAAUGGGAGGUAGGUCUUCCUAAUCUCGAAGAUUUAAUACCUUUAUCUCACUGUUUACUUUCUCCUGAGUUGAUGUCAGCCUUCAACAUAGUUCCAGAGCCCUCUAUGAACAUGUUUGAUGUUGAUCAAGCGUCACGACAUACCCUAGAAACUCUAGGGUUACAGCCACCACUAUUAUCCUCGUACAAUAAUUUUGAUCUUAAUCUCAUGCCACUAGAGGAUGAAAAGGAGGUGAAUUCCCUAGUUGCGGAAGGAAGUGACAAGAAUUUGUUAAGGAAAGAUGAUUCGAAGUCGAAGAAAUUGCGGGGAGCAGACUUAUCAUUGCAUGCAGACAAAGGAAUCGAUGAUUCCGAGAAGGCGCGGAAGCGACAUCGCAUCGUGUGGACGCCACAACUUCAUAAGAGAUUUAUUGACGUUGUGGCUCAUAUAGGUUUACAGAACGCGGUCCCAAAUAGUAUCUUUCAGAUGAUGAACGUAGAAGGUUUAACUCGCGAUAAUGUCGCGAGUCAUCUUCAAAAGUAUCGUUUGUAUUUGAACAGGAAACAAGAACUAUCUACCGAGCCAGCUCAUCUAGCAAGUACAAGCGCAAAUAUAAUCCGGAGCAAAAAUGGUUGA